AUGCUGGAAGAGGGGGCACUGAGCAAGAGGCUUGAAAAGCUGUACAUGGACUACAUAGAGAUAGAGAAGAUCUUGAAGAGGCUGAGGGACAUAAAGAGGCAGUGUUCGUACAAAAGCACUGCAGCCAAGCCGAAGAAAAAGGAGUCUGUUUCUUUGUCUGUUGAGGCGGACGUGAAGCUGGAUGAGAGUUUCCGGAAGGCAACAAAGAACUGCAUGAGGUUUGACCUCGGCGAUCCUUUCUGGAAGGAGAUAUCCAGAAGAUUUAACAUUCCAAGGAAUGAGUGCUUCAACAGAUGGAUUAACAAAGUAGAGGACUUUGAUAGAAAGCUGUGCCGAAAUGACAUGGAUAGGGUUAAAGAAAUGAACGACGAGGGAAAGGAUUGGAUUGAGAUAUCCAGGGAGAUGGGAUGCAGGCCACUAAAAGUGUUUGUUGAGCAUCUUCGGUUGAAUACUACAUCUGUGCCCAAGAUGUGGAGUGUGGAGGAAGAUAGGCUCCUAGAGCAAGGCGUAGAGAAGUAUGGCCUUUCAAAAUGGAGAUAUGUUUCUAAGAUAGUUGGGACAAGGACUGGAAAGGAGUGUGCGAUGAGAUUUUAUUUCCUCAAUAAGAAUGUCCGAAAAGGAAAGUGGACUAAGGAUGAGAAGGAGAGGCUUGUUGAGGGGGUAGGGAUAUAUGGAGAAGGGGAUUGGCGGGGCGUAAGCACCCAUGUGAUGACGAGGAAUCCUAUCCAGUGUAGAUCUAAAUACAUGGCUGAAACAAAGAAUAAGAAGGAUAAUAAAUAG